UAAGAGAGUUUCAUUUGGCCAACAGUCGAUCGAGAAGAUGCAUUUGAACAAGACAACGCUACUCUUGCUCGUCCUAACCGUCAGCGCUGGAUGUGUUCUGGCCAAGCCGGAGCCAUUCCUCCUUGAGGGGCUGUGGGACCAAUUGGGGAAUGCGAGCCAGCACAUCGUCGACGGUAUCAUUGGUGUCGGGAAGAAUGGAUCGGCCAUUGCUGAGGACUUCUUGGAUAGCCUGAAGAACUCCACCAGUCAGUUCGCCCAGGAUGCUGCCAAUUUUGGAGAACAGCUCGCCCAAGCUCUCCACAAGGCAGUCGCUGAUACGCUCUCAGGCUUCUCCUCGAACGUGCAGGCUGCGCUGCAGAAUCUGCGUGGUGGUAUACGGAAGGUGUCCGACCGAGUUAGGCGCAACGCCCUGCAACAGGCCCUGAAAACUCUCGAAAGACUCAAUGCCUCGGCCGUAGAGCUGGAGGCCUCAAUUGCCGAAAUUAACGAGCAGCUGGAAGAGCAGAGGCAGAAGUAUGCCGGGGAAAUCAAGGAGCAGUGGAACGACUGGGCAGCCGAACAGCUGGAGCGCGUCGAUGAGCAGACCAACGGUAGUGGCAACGCCGAGGCCGAGGACAUCAUCAACGAGUUGCAGAAUCGCUAUACGGCCUAUCUGCACAGCUGCCUGGAGGAGUUGCAAGCUCGCCAGGGCCAGUACGAGCAGAAGGUCCACGAAACCAUCACUCAGUUCCAAAACGCCACCAACGAUCUGGUUGGACAAAUCAAUAUCUGCCUGAAGCGCACUUCCGGAAGCAUCUCAUGCCGCAGGGGCAUCAAUAAGGCCCUCAACCAGCUAAGGGAUGCACCCAAAGCACUACUCAGCCUAAAGCUGCAGGGCUUGCAACUACUGGGCGUGGGUCUCGAUGCCAGUAACUGUGUAGGCCAGACCGUGGCCGAAUAUGCUCUUGAAAAGCCCAGUGUGCUGCGCCAGCUGGAGGAGAUCAUUGAGCGCUAUCAGGAAUCUUCCUCCGAUAAGAGCUCUUCUUCCGAAGACAGCUCUUCCUCCGAUGAGAGCUCUUCCUCCGACGAGAGCUCUUCCUCCGAAGAUGACACUUCCACCGAAGUGAUAACAACCACUACAUAACUACGUGUAAAUAUUAGCUGGUGUGGGGUAUAGCUGCAAAAUAAUAAAAAUCACUUUCAAUGCAA